AAGAAACAAAUCUUGAAGGACUGAUAAAGAAAGGAUCAUUAACAUUGGAUAAAAAGAACAAGGCCCUGGCACUUCUGAAGGGUGUUCUAGAUUACUCUGAAUUUAAGGAUGUCGAUAUGGUUAUAGAGGCUGUUAUUGAGAAGGUCCCGCUCAAACAAUCUAUAUUCCAUGAACUCGAGAAGAUUUGCCCGCCACAUUGUAUUCUGGCUACUAACACAUCAACUAUUGAUUUGAAUACUGUUGGCGAGAAGACGAAGUCUCAAGACCGCAUUAUCGGAGCCCAUUUCUUCAGCCCUGCUCAUGUCAUGCCUUUACUAGAAAUUGUCCGCACAGAGAAGACAUCUCCACAAGCAAUUUUGGAUCUCCUGACUGUUGGGAAGAUCAUAAAGAAAGUUCCUGUUGUUGUAGGAAAUUGCACAGGCUUUGCUGUGAAUAGGAUAUUCUUCCCAUAUAGCCAAGCAGCUCACUUGUUGUUGCAUCUUGGAGCUGAUCUUUACAGGAUUGAUAGGGUGAUAAGCAGUUUUGGCAUGCCAAUGGGUCCUUUUCAACUUCAAGAUGUGGCUGGCUAUGGUGUGGCUUUGGCAGUUAAGCCAAUAUUCACUUCUUCCUUUAAAGGGCGUACAUUUGAGACAGAUCUUCUUGAGUUGAUGAUACAAAGUGGUCGAAAUGGAAAAGCAAAUGGAAAGGGUUACUACUUGUAUCAAUCAGGAAGCAGGCCAAAGCCUGAUCCUUCCAUACAAACUGUCAUUGAUGAAUCUAGGAAGCGUACACUCAUCACGUCUGGUGUAAAGCCUGUAAGUUUUACCGACGGAGAAAUUGUGGAGAUGAUAUUCUUUCCGGUUAUAAACGAGGCAUGCAGGGUAAUGGAUGAAGGAAUUGUACUUCGAGCAUCUGAUAUUGAUGUUGCUUCUAUACUUGGAAUGGGUUUCCCCAAAUUUAGGGGUGGUCUGGUAUUCUGGGCUGAUACACUUGGAUCCACCUAUAUUUACUCAAAGCUCAAAAAGUUGGCAGACGCAUAUGGCGCAUUCUUUGCUCCGUCCAAGUACUUACAAGAAAGAGCAGCAAAAGGCCUUCCCCUGAGCUCGGCAAUGUCAUCUCCUUGGCAAGAAUGGAGAGCACGCAUUUAGGGCAUCAAUGAUGUACGUUCAGAACAUAAGGUUAGUGAAGCCUGUUUCAUUGUGGAUUCUGGUGCUUAUUAUGAAAGUUGAGAUAAUACUAAAACAGUGAAACAGCCUGAGAGUUUUUUUCAUUUAGGGUUGAGAUGAUUUUUGUAACUGAAUGUUGAAAAAAAUUAUUUUUUGUUAACUUAUAAUUUGAUGUACUUCAUUAUUAAGGAAGUUUUGGAUGCAUAUUUUUUUCUUAGA